GACGCGAGAGCCGGGAUCUCCUCACACUCGCCGCGAUGCCGAGGGGCAGCAGGAGCCGCACGUCCCGCGUGGCGCCCCCCGCCAGUCGGGCACCACAAAUGAGAGCUGCGCCCCCAGCGCCUGCUGCUCGGGCCCCUGUCCCAGCUGCGGCACCACCUUCUGCCGUGGCCUCUCCCGCACCAAAGCAGCCCGGUCUGAUGGCACAGAUGGCUACGACUGCUGCGGGAGUUGCUGUAGGCUCUGCUGUGGGCCAUACCAUCGGUCACGCGCUUACAGGAGGAUUUGGAGGAGGAAGUGGCUCUGAGGCUGCGAGGCCUGAUAUCACUUACCAGGAACCGCAAGCGGCCCAGCCUGCCUACCAGCAGCAGCAGCAGUUUGCCCCUUGUCAGUAUGAAAUGAAGCAGUUCCUGGAGUGUGCGCAGAACCAGACUGAUCUCAAGCUGUGUGAGGGCUUCAGCGAGGUGCUGAAGCAGUGCAGGUUUGCUAAUGGAUUAGCUUAAACCUUCAGAACACAGAAGCUGAGAGCCAUUGUGCAAGAACUGACCUAAGAAUGAGAAAGCUUCAGUAAUAGUCUAAAGCUGCCCGAUACUUUGUUAGUUCAUAUUAUUCACGGUGUCAUCACCUCAUGGCUUAAUUUCUGCCAUAGCCUCCACGGAUGUGAGACAAUUAACAACAGCAGGUUAAAUCAGCACAAAAUGGAAAAAAAUAAUAAAGCAGAAUGAGCUGAUUGGGGUUAACUGGUUUACUGAUCAUUGUGUUGAAUGUAAGUGUGAUACGAUG